AUGCACUUUACAGUUGAGCUGCCUUUCACUGUUUUGUUUAAACCAUGGCUAGUCGAUACUAACGAAAGUAAGAUUUUACUUAAUGCUACUAUUUCAGAACUGGUUGGGGCCUUCUUCGGAGUUCUGAUUCUGGCUUUUCUUUACGAGGGACUCAAAGCUUUCCGAGCCAGUCUUCUUACAGCGAUUGUGAUCAAAGCAGCUCCUGAACGCCAUCCGUGUCAAAUGGGUAGCUCAGUUAUAUCUCCGGCUGGUGACACACAAGAAUUAUGUCCUCAUUUCGCUUCUGAAAAUAAUUUUUCGGCGAAUGGCACGGAACCCAGGACGGACAUAGUCCGAAGCUGCCCUGUUUUACGACUGCUUCGCAGGUAA